GUCGGUGAAUACGAACUGUGUGCGAAAACGAACGCAGGGUGCAGAUACAAGCUCAGAAAUCCAAUCAGAAGAUAAUAGGCCAAUCCAAUAUGUCGAGCAGUGGCCGUCUCUGUCUGCUGGUGGUGGCCGCGUGUCUGCUGGCUCCGGCCGCCGUGUCGGCACAGAUCCAGUUCUCCGAGGACUGGACUCACGGCAAGCGCGACGUGUCGGCACAGCAGCAGCAGCUGCUGGCAGCGGCCGCCGCCGCCGCCGACGGCGCGCCGCGGCCGCCGCUCAGCCUGCUGGACGUGCUCAGCAAGGCGGCGGCGCAGCAGGCCGCCAGCCAGCAGUGCAAGCCCGACGCCGAGGCGCUCGGACUCAUCUACGACCUCAUUAUGAGGGAAGUCGAGAAGGUCAUCAGCUGCAGAACCCAAAACGGAAUGCUGAAACCGGCCUACGCGGCAUAGAAUCGGGAGCGCGCAUAGCUUCUGGUUGAACCAAAGAAGAAACGGCAGUUCCUCGACUCACUCAUCGUCAGGGAGUGUAUUUAUUGUCCCGUCAAGUGGGCCCGGUUUCUAGUGCCGUUUUGCACGGACCAAGUCUGAGGGAAGUCGCAGCGUGCGGUAUCCUGAGCGGCAGCAGCACUGGAGCCUGAACAGUCGCCCGCUGAGUGCGUCUAGCGGCUGGUAGGGACAAUUUUGAGACAGUGGUUGCGCGCUAUAUACAAACUGAAUUAUCGCAAGGCUACUAAAUCAAAUUGUAUUUGCGCAUUGGUGUCCUCGGUCUUUGUUAUUGUUUGGGCUGGCUGGCUGCCGACAGGUGUGCGUUUGUUAUUUAUUUUUGUUUUCGACAGGAAGAGACAACUCACAAUUGCGAAGAGAUUACCUUUUUGAUAUUGACACUCAGAAGAUUGGUGGAAAAUGUGAUGAGAUUGAGAUAUUAAAAGAUUGAGAUGAGGAGUGCCGAGUGAGUGAGCGUUGGUUAUUUCAUUUUUUGUUUUCAUCAGAAGAUGGAUUGAAAUGUGUGAUAAACAGGUAUUCCAGAGAUGAUUGUAACCGAAGAUCCGAGUUGAAAUGGAAAAAAAGCUAGAGAAAACAGUGAUUUUUAUUGUUACAGUAGUUUGGUUAUGAUUCUGCAAGCACCUUCGUCAACUCAUAACCGCAAGUACCUAUUGGGUUUGCGAAGCAGUUUAUCAAGGUGUUCAUGGAUAGGCUUAUUUUCAAAGAACAGUAGACUACUGAUACGUGUGGUAUCAUGUGUUUGACCAGCUGAUGUUAUCUGUUCUGUCAUGUGCAUUGAUAGUAAAUAUGUGCAUGCUUGGGCCCUGGCAAGAUGAAUAAAAGCAUUCAU